ACGAGUGCGUCUCCGCCACCCCCGCCCUCUCUUCCGCGUGGACCCUCCCGGUCCCCUUUCUGUCACCUCACAGUAGUCGUUGCCUUGUAGCUGCGGGUGCGGGGCCGCCUCUUCCCCCGCCCCUCAGGCCGAGCCCCGGCUCGGUUCUUCCCCCCCCUACCCUUCCCCGCUCCCUCCUCUCCCCACCCUGGUCGGUACGGGAAGGUCCUAGCCGCUGCCCGGUGCCCCGAGGGCCGUGGUGACCGCCGCCACGGGUUCCCAUGGAGCCGCCGAAUCUCUAUCCGGUGAAGCUCUACGUGUACGACCUGUCCAAGGGCUUGGCCCGGCGGCUCAGCCCCAUCAUGCUGGGGAAACAACUGGAAGGCAUCUGGGAGGGACAUUGCUUGGGCCCCCAGACUCUGUGGUUGAUGUGGGGAGCACAGAAGUCACAGAAGAGAUCUUUCUGGAGUACCUGUCCUCCCUGGGGGAGUCUCUGUUCCGUCCUCACCCUCAGUCAGGCUCUCCUUCCCACCCCCGGCUUCUGCACAAAUACUUACUGGCCUUCCAAGUGUCCUCCAAACUUUUCUCACAUGUACAGAGGUGAAGCCUACAAUCUCUUUGAACACAACUGUAACACCUUCAGCAACGAAGUGGCACAGUUCCUAACUGGGCGGAAGAUUCCUUCUUACAUCACCGACCUGCCCUCUGAAGUUCUCUCCACGCCCUUUGGACAAGCACUUCGGCCUCUCCUGGAUUCCAUCCAGAUCCAGCCUCCUGGUGGGAACUCAGUGGGCAGACCCAACGGCCAGAGCUAACAGGACUGCACGGGACCGCCUGCCUCUCCAGGGCUUUUCCUUUUUAAACAAAACAAACCCUACCAGAUUUCUAUUUUAUAAUUUUACAUCAGAGCUAACAACCAGGGGAUGGCUUUUUAAAUUUUCCAGGGAAGGAGAUCAUCAGGCUGCAUGUAGGACAAUGCUGCUGAGAACAGAACAAAAUGCCAUCCCUUCUAAUAGUAUUAUACUAAUUUAUUAAGGCUGUCUUGUCUGUGAGUUCACUUUUGACGCUGUUUUCUAAGCGUCCUCCACACUGGAGAAAGGGAGGGUGUUUAAACAGAAAGCAAGAGGCACAGUUGGGGGAGUCCUGGCCUGGACUUUCUUUCCAGAGAAUGCCCACACUUUACCCAGGUUGCCACCCAGGUGAGUUUGACAACACCCAUGAUCCUGAAGCAGUUCCUCUUGAGCACAUGGGACCAGUUGUAGGAUGGUUAACCCAACUAAGUGAACUCUUUAGCCACAACUCUCCCCUCCCCUGCCCCGGGCAGUGCCAUGGGGCCAGGGCUGGAGCAGCCAGAGCCUCAGCAUCAGAGGAGAGUGACAGCAAGGAUCAGGCCAGAGAAAACAGGAUAAAAGCCAUUCCUCCUUCCACCCAGGCUGAUUGCCAGUCCUCUGCCAUCAGUUUCGGAAAGCCUGCCUUGUUGCCCGCCCAGGAGCUGCUCUUCCUCACUGUAGCUGACCUGUCACGGUUCAUGAAGUCCUGGGCUGCAGCAGCAGGGACCCAGGCCUUUGGUCUGCAAAUAAUGAUGUCGGUGAUUUACAAGUGGUCACUAGACCAGCUCCCCAAGCCAGUGCAGUGUGCAGCUAGGAACCAAGGGGACAUGUAGUAGAAAGAAAAUGACACAGAAUCAAAGUGGCAAGAAAAUUUUGAGUUGUCUGGAACAAGGACUUUCAAAUUAUUCUAAAUGUGUUUCAAAGAUAGACAUUAUCUCUGUUGUCAUUCUGAUUUUCAGGAGUCAUACUUGGGCAUUUUCCCAGUUAUGUGCUGCUAGGAGCUCAUAGGCAGGGAGCAGUCUGGAAGUCUGACCUAGAGAGACGCUGAUUCCCUUUCUCCAUGUGAGCCUCCACCAGCUAGAUGUGGAGAGUAACCAUGGAGGAGGGAUGCUGAGCUGCCAGGUACCUGAGCCUCGGCUCAGCGUCCUUGAGCUCAUGGCUUCCUGCCACUUCUGAAACUGGAGCCCAGUUGCUCCUCCCUGGAGUAGGGGCCUUUCCUUCCUGAAAAGCUGCUGCUCCAACUUGCCCAUCCCCUGCUGUCUUUGCCAAUAGCCAUAACAGUUGGCAUCGUCAGGGUGUCUGGUAGAGGAAAGGAUGUCAUUCUGCCUUAGUGAUUGCCAGUUAUCUGACCUGGGCCAUGCCCAGUUGAGGUGUCAAAUGACAUUUUGAAACAUAUUGGAAGUCUGGGGGUCAAAUUAGCAAGCAGGUUUUAAUUCUCAAAACCUAUUGCCAGUGUGUGUGGCAAUGAUACUAAGUGAAACCAACAAGGAUGGUGUAGUAUUGUCCUAGCAGGAGAGAACAGGGCCCAGGGAGAAAGGGUGUCAAGUUGGGUUUCUGGGCAGGUGUAGGUUAGUUGGGGCAAUGACUGCCUCCCGCCAAAGUCCCUCUCCAGGGUGCCUGGCCCCUCACUUUCUCCCUGCUGCCAACCUCUGCUUGCAGCUCUUCCCUCCAGCCUGAGGGUGCAGGGCUUCCCUCUCCCAGGUCCAGACUCGUCUGGUCUUGCACCUCCCAGCAGUGACCCUCAGACCUGGUGAUACUCUGAGGUGUUUGCCUGUGAAUUUGAGUCACUUGACUCCUUGAACAGCAAAGCACCCCUUCAUGCCCAGCUGCCAUCUGUGCCAAUGCCUGGGCCCUUGGGCUGGUGAGGAGCUCCGCAGGAAAGUGAAGUCUGCCCCUCUGUGUAAGCCCCUCUGUCACCAGAAGCCCAGGCUGUGACCUCCAGUCCCACCCUCACAUCUCUUUGUCCCAGUACCUCAGGAGCAUACUGUUUGUGACCAGCUGACUCCACCUGAGCCUCUAGGCAAGCCGAGUAAGAAAUGAAUCAUGUACUCAUGUCACACAGUGGACGCCUCUGUAGAGGUCCGUUGAUCUAAAGGGACAGGAGGGGGAGGGAUGAGGCCAUCAUCCUCUCCCACACAAAAGCUUGUACCUUUGAGAUUCCUUCAUAAUUUUCUUGAAGUCAAACUAAUAAUUGUUUCUAGUAUGGAGGUGUUGCUGGAUUUCAUUGGUGUUUUUUCUAAUGCAAUAAACUCAUUUCUGCCUGCUG